GUGCUUUCUACGCCACCUAGUCUACCAACCUCUAUUCUCCCCCGUACAUACGGCACGUACUAAUGACACUCGGUAACUCCUGCGGUGAGCCUCAUAAAGCUCUGCUUUUUAAAGUAGCCACGCCCUCACGGCCUCGACCCCAUCCACACAACCCCACGCCCAUGGCAUUCAUCCAACGAUAAAACCAAACGCCAGGCCAAGCCCCGCCUUCUUUUGAUCUUCCCCACUGGAUAGACCUUGUGCCAAACCACCGAUCCUGUCUCUCCCUAGCCCUUCUUCAAACCCGAACCAGAGUCAUUUCCAAUGGACUCCACUAGUCCCCUAGACGGCGGGGUACAUGACAAGAGUGGACGCUACACAUACCUUCCUUCUCCACACUUUUCAGGUGCCCGAGACGCAGAGAUUGUACCAGCAACAGCCUCCGACGAUUUGGGGUAUAGAUAUGGAGGCAACCACCGCCAAAACAGCAUUCAGAACAGCUACCCCACAAACCUUCACGAACGGGCGAAGGAUUUCGAGACAGCCAACUACCAAAGAAUGCCCUGUUCCCCCGGGUCGAUACCCCCAGACUACAGAACCUCGGACUCUAGCCAUAUUGGGUCCAAGAUAGAAUCAGCAUCACCAAACCAUAGAAUCAACAAUACUGCGGCAUUUCCAGUCGUCAACGAUAACUCUGGUUCCCACUCAUACUUGCCCACAGGUUUCACAGGAGACAAAGGUGUCAAUUGUGCUCGACUCUCGCCAGGUAGACAAGUAAAUCCACGUAACCGAUUCCAUCCGUAUAGCUCAGAACUUUCACGCUCGCAUACGGAGAAUGCAUUAAACGGAAAUAUUGGAUACAACGAAAGGAUUUUGCAGGGCAACUUACACCAAAAGGGACUUCCCCGGACGAUUGUUAACGAAGGAGACUAUGUGCAUGGAGCACCAUUAAGCCAUGGAAGAUCUCCUGAUGGCCAUAGGGAUUCGGGUGCGUCGUGGCCUCCAGGAUCAUGGAUUACCUCCCCUUCCUCCGACCUGCAGGUUCCACAAUAUCCGUCAACUUAUACAGCCUUCAGCACGAGUCCCCACCUAGAGACGAGCUACGUGACGGCUCCCUACGGGUCGGCUACACAUAUGCCAGAUGGGGGAUUAUCUCAACCAGGAAGCUCCCCAGGACAACGACAUUCGGCGCGGAGUCACUCACUUGAAACCCUCAGCUCAAGCCCACUACCCAACGCAAUUCAUUGUCCGCAUUGUACGCAGACUUUCCCAACAGCUGAACAGUACACGUAA